AUAAUUGGAUAAUAAAUACCAAAGGAAAAUCCGCACUUCACACAUUCUCUCGCAAUUUGUCGCAAUUAUCAAUUCUGGUCACAGUGCCGACCCGACGGCAAACCCUCUUACCGCUACGCACCCUAAGGAAUGCAAACAAAGCGCCACCAAAUACGAAAGUAACCGAAAUAUGCUGCACAAUCAGAGCGUCGCGCCCACACUGAGUCCGACGGCGCCCGUUAUGGUCGCUUUGACGACACAUUCGUUGUGCGCCCAACAAUGGCGGUGUUGCCGGGACUUUGCCCGCCCAAUUGGACCAACAACAACACUAUCGACUGCAUUAACGCGACUAUGGACAAUGCAGUGGGCAUUGGGGGCACAAGCGCUAGCUUCACCGGAUUCCCUGGACAAGACGGUGCAGUGAUGGGUUACGAUGGGAAUUACUCGUUGCCGCGGAAUGGUUUAUUUGAAUUCGAAAUGGACCCAUUAGAACGCGUUGUAUCACAAUUGUGCCCGUGUUUUUCGGCAUCAUCGGACUUGCGGGCCUGCUGGGAUAUGCGCUCGUCAUUUUGGAUGAACAAUUACUUCUAAUAUUUGGAGCUGCUGCCCUUUGGCAUGCAGACAAAACAAAAUUAGUGGAACAAUAAAAAGGUCAGAUGAGCGGAAAAUAAAUAGACAGAAAGCCAGCGGAAAAGCAUGAGGUCAAAAGACGUGAAAAUUUAAUAUAGAUACAUUUGACAAUGUGCAUUAACAAACUGAUUGUUAAAAGAAGCAAAAACAAUG